UGUCUCCACAUCAUCCUGACCCAGCUGCUGCACGCUUUUGUUCAAACUCUGAAGUCAGUCAGUGUGGAGCAGAGGUGCUCCUUCAAGCCUCUUAACUAAUGUGCGUAGAAGAUGCUGAGGAAGACGUUACAGCUUAAAGUUACAGCAGCGCCGGAGGAGGAAUAUUAGUGAUCGUUUUUACUUUUGUUUUGUUUCGAACGUAUGAAGUUUGAAGAGUGCCUUGGAUAAAACAGCUGGAAUCGUGAAGGAAGCUGGUUGGUUUCCCUCAAAUCACUUCUCUGUUGGACUAUGACAGCUAAAAUACACAGACUCUAAAGAUUUUUUUUCUUUUUGUUGGCCAAAAAAAGGGGGGGUGGGGGAGAUUAGGCUUAUAUGCUUAACCCCCAACUUCUUCGCUGGAUCUCUAUGGAGAGCAUACGCCGUCUGCUCUCACGCAACCCCUGGAGUCGUGAACGUUGAAUCCACCGACUUGGAGAGCGGAAAACGACACAUUUAACCGCAUUUGAAUGCCUGUGCAAGGAGUUUGCUGGUUUUUGUGCUGCAGGCAGGGCUUCAGUUUGCUGGGACGGGACUAUGGGGAGAAAGAGGAGGAAGAGUCGUUUGAGUUGCGCAACAAGGAGGACUUGACUCCCAAUGGAAGGACUCCAACUGAGGUGACCGUUUCUCAGCCUACUUGUGCAACCAAUGGAACAAAUGGGCACGCUGUCUCUCAGUCACCUGUAAAAAUGAAGAAACCAACCAAUGAGGAGUAUGGGAUGGGGGUGGAUGAAGAACCAGAUCUGAUAGUAAAAGGUUGGCUUUUACGGGAGGUUGGUGGUAGCUGGAUAAAGCAUCGUCGGUACUGGUUUGUCUUGAGCCAGGAUUCCCUCGACUACUACACUGGGCCAGAGAAAGGCGCUCGGAGACUGGGCACGCUGGUUCUCACCAGUCUCUGCUCUGUCAUUUGGCCAGACAAGCAAACUUACAAAGAAGCAGGUUACUGGAGCAUUACUGUUUAUGGACGGAAGCACUGCUACAGGCUGUACACCAAGCAUUUCAAUGAAGCGGUGCACUGGGCCUGCGCCAUCCAAAAAAUCAUUGAUACCAAAUCUCCAGUGGAAACGCCGACACAACUUUUGAUUCGAGACAUUGAGGAGAAUAAGUUCAACCCAGAGGUGGUGGAACACAUCUACCAACACAACGCCAUUCUUAAGUACACCCAGGGCCCCCUCUAUGCUCCUCUGCUUCCUUUCCCUUACGGCAAUCUGGAGCACACAUACCACAAUGGGAAGGGCUACGGCUCAGUGCGUGAGGAGGCGGUGAAGCUCUUCAACUGCCUGCAGCAGCUGGAGUCGGCACGGGAGCCGGUUCCAAUCAUCCAGGGCGUGCUGCAGACCUGCCUGGACCUGCGGCCCCUCCGUGACGAGGUGUACUGUCAGCUGGUGAAGCAGACCAGCCACACGCCUUCCCCGAACACCGCUGCGCAUCUCCGUUACUGGCAGCUCCUCACCUGCAUGAGCUGCACCUUCCUGCCAGGGUCCACCGUGCUCAAAUAUUUGAGGUUCCACCUCAAAAGAAUUCAGAGCCAAAGUCCUGAAUCUGAAAUGGAUAACUAUGCAUCGUUCAUCAGUGAGGCUUUGGAAAAAACUAAAUGCCGCGAGUGUGUGCCAUCAUGGGAGGAGAUCCAGAUGCUGAUGAACCGACAGGAGAUGCUGUGCACCGUGCACUACCCUGGCCCUGGCUCCUGCCAGCUCUACAUCAGCUCUCACACCACUGCCAAUGAGGUGGUCCGAAGGAUGCAAGAGAAGCUGGGCCUUCAAGACAGCAAAAAUACAUUUGCACUGUAUGAGCAGAAUGCACUGUGGGAGCAGCCGGUCGCAGGAAACUCCCUUAUCGCAGACAUCCUGACCAGCUUCACCACCAAAGAGUCGGAGUCUCAAUCUCAGUGGAAACUGUGUUUUAAGCUCUACUGCCUGUUGGACGCUGACAGCAUAUCAGUGGAUAGCAUCGAGUAUUUAUUCCUCUUUGAGCAGUGCCAUGAGAUGGUGGUGCGUGGUCAGCUUCCAGCAUGCGAGGAGGACCUGCUUGCCCUGGCGGCCCUCAGGCUUCAGAGCCUCACGGGAGACUUCAGCACGCACGCCCCCUUCCCGCCUCUGGACGAGCUUUUCCCCGGUCAUAUGCUUGAAACUCGGGUCCUCAUGUCGCUCUCAGCCCCGCAGGCGGCACCCCCCUGCCAGGUGGGGGGUCAGGACUGUCCCGCCACGCAGCGGUUCCCUACAGGCCUCCUGGCUGGGACGCUGUGGAGUCACUCGGCCACGGUCGCUCACAAGCAAAAGAUGGAGAACGACAAGCGGCUGCGCAGCCGGCUGAAGGAGGAAGCGGCAGUGGUGACGACGGCCAUCUUGGAGCGUUGGAAGGGUCUGACUGGGUACAGUAGCAGGGACAGUAUGGCUGCCUACCUCACAAUUGCACGGCAGUGGUCAGGCUUUGGAUGCACUCUUUAUGAAGUGGACUUUUACAUUAGUUCAAAAGGGAAUUUCUCUCAGAAACUGUGGCUGGGUGUCGCUGCUACAUCUGUGUCCAUCUACAAGCAAGGAGAAUCAGAGGCUUUGGAGUCCUUUCCUUAUGGCCAGAUUUGCUCUUAUGGUGUAUCUGACAGCAACACCUUUAAGAUCACAGCUGGCGAUCGGGAUCUAAUAUUUGAAACCAGCAAGCUGACUGAGAUCAUGCAGCUCAUGAACGCCUAUUUCAGUGCCAUCCAUCGCCAACGAGGUAAAGGACAGGAUGCAGACACCAUAACUUUCACCGAAAACACAGACGUGGGCUUCCGUCACCUCGCCCCGACACCGACCCCCACACUUCUGGAGCUGCCCUCUCACCCCGUUUAAGAGGAACUCUUACCCACACCCCUCACACCAUCCUCCUUCCCAUGGGGAGGUUCCGGCCCAGUCCUGAAGACCCUCGGCCUCCUCCACUGGGAACGGUGCUGAAGCCAAUACAAAGAGAGGGCUGUUUUCCAUCCCCAUCUAUGAAAACAAACUUUCCUCGAGACUUCCAGCUAAAGAAGCCGCUCUUAGAAUGAAAAGCGUGAGAUAUGGUGCAAGGAAGGCUUGGAAAUGCACAAAAACCAGUGCCGUUACUGAUGAGGUGUUGCACCUCCCACCCCCUCUUCCCACCAUGCAUCCAUCUUUACUACUCUAAAUGGCAAUAAACCCAACCCCAACUGCACCGCACCCUCCUCAGCAAGAUGUUGGCGUGAGUCUUACUACCACCGCAAACAUUAAGACUUGCAGCGAUCAUAAGCCAUAGAGCUACCCUCAUAAAGCCCCAGCUCAGAGCGAAAACACUACCCUCUCCCCUCGCUCUCUUGCUCUGUGGGUGCCAUAUUGGAUUUUUCUUUCCUAGAAGGCAGACGUCCCUCAUGCACUGUUGGAAAAGUAUUGAGAACGUUCAGUGACACACACACACACACACCCUGACUCCCCCCUGUUCUUCAUCAGUCAGUUUUCAUAAGAUCCCGGCUGGGCUUCCAUUACCUAGAACUGUUGAUGCAGAGAGGCCAUGUGAACUUGGAACUGGAAGCAGAUGUUGGAGCUCUGCGGCUGAGUCACUCUGGCUGCAGUAACUGCACAGCCUCCUGCCAGGGUGUCAAUCUGAUCACAAAAGAAAAAAAAAAAAUUUCAUUCAUGAUGCAUUCAGGUUUAGAAAGAAAUCAAAGGAUUUUCAAGCUGUUUUUAACAAAUUGCCUCCAAAUGCACUGAUUUCCUCCCUUCUUGUUGAGCUGCUUGUCUUGCUUGUGGUCCUGGACAUGAAACUUGGAGAACAUCUAACACCUGACCAGUGCAGGACUUUUCUGCUGAAGAGAACAGGUGCUUCUUUGUUGAUUUAAAAGACGGAACACCACAAAGCUUUUACCAUGCCAACCGUUAUCAUGCAGUGCCCCACGUGUCGGCUGGCAUUCGAGAAAAGACUUCUCAAGUGGAUGCUUUUGUAUUAUUUAUGCAUUUUUUUUUUACUUGUCUUAAAUGUAGAUCCAGACUUAUCUUUACAUUAAGUUUUCUCUAAGUGACCAGGACCAUAAGUCUGUUUGGUUCUGCUGUUAAUUCUUUCUAGCUCCUGCUUUUCUUCUAGUUUUCCUUGAAAAGCUAAACUUGGACCAAAGACUAAUAUUUUUUAUAAGCUUUUAGAAGAAAAUUUCAACAAACACAGACAGAAUCGCUAAUCAUCUUUAGAUGUUUGUCUUCCAGAUUAAUAUUCAAGAGCCUGUUUUUUUUUUUUUGUAAGGAUAAUCCUAAAUUCAUGUCUGCUACACUAGAAAUAUAAACAGUUUGAACACUUUUGUGUCUACACCACGAAAGGCCUUGACAAGUUAUUACCCUACCCCUGGUUCAGAAGCAGGUCUUUAGCUUUUUCCACGCCAGCUGCAGGCAGCUCCGAGCUAGAUAUAUGUAAAGGAAAAAAAACUAACUGCGGAUGUCUUUGCUUAGUAUUAAGCUUGUCUGUAAGCUGCAUGGUACCUUUUUUAUGUAAUGUGUAUAUUUAAUUGCACUAUUUUUAACUAACUUGGGAGUGCAAUAAAAACUAUAAAUACUGUAAUUAAUAAAAAUAAAUACCCAUUUUACCUUA